AUUCGGGCGCAUUUUCCCAGAAAAUGUCAGACGAUCAAGCUGCAAAAGUUUCUAGAUGGAAGUUUUGAGCAACAAAGAUGAAAUUGAGCUGUGUGAUUCAACGGCUUCGAAUAGCCAGUUAGUUAGAGAGCAAGUUAUUUUGGCUGUGAUUCCUGCAAGCUUUAUUAAAGUUUGGCUUUCGGCAGUGACAUUGGGUGAAAAUGAAGAGCUUAAAAGCCAAGUUCAGAAAAAGUGAUGCACAUGAGUGGAGCAAAAAUGAUGACCGACUGCUGCAAGCUGUGGAACAUGGUGACACAGAGAAGGUGGCAGCCCUCUUGGGUAAAAAAGGGAUCAGUCCCACCAAGCUGGACAGCGAGGGCAAGUCUGCUUUUCACCUGGCAGCCACAAAGGGACAUGUGGAAUGUUUGGGGGCGAUGCUCACCCAUGGUGUUGACCUAACUGUACCUGAUGGCUCAGGUUACAAUGCUCUGCACCUUGCUUCAAAAAAUAGUCACCAAGAAUGUGUGAAGAAGAUCCUUCAGGCAAGCUUGUUGGAUGAGUCUGGAAAAAAAGAAGACCAACGAGGAUGGAAGCAGGGCUUAGCAUCUAUGGUUUUAAGCAGAAAAACAUACAAGUGUCCUGUGGAAUGUGCUGACAGCAAUGGGAAGACAGCCUUGCACCAUGCAGCUGGAAGUGGUUCUAUUUCCAUUGUUCAACUGCUGUGUGAACACAAGUGCCCGAUUAAUAUCAAGGACACAGAAGGUUUUACACCACUGAUCCAGGCUGCACAGAGCAACCAUGCUGAGGUGUGUCAUUACCUGAUAGACCAAGGAGCAGAUAUUGAUGCAAGAGACAAGAAUGGCAGGACUGCUGUAAUGUUGGCCUGUGAGAACGGUAGUGGAAACGCUGUCGAAAUGCUGGUCAAGAGGGGUGCCAACUUGAAGUUAGUAGACGCAUUGGGUCAUGAUGCGCUUCAUUACUACAAACUCUCAGGAAAUGCUGAUGUCCUAAAAUUCCUUCAGGCUACCCUUAAAAAGGUCUCCGAGGAUGCUGAUAUGAAAUCAGCACAGACAUCAAAACAGCUGGAACCUGCCAUUAAAAUCUAUGCAGAUAGAAGUGGAACUCCUAAAAAACGAAAAGCACCACCACCACCAACCAGUGUUAUGCAGGGUCCCCAGCCUAGUGAGGUGCUAACUCCAGAGUCCCACAGUCCUCGUUCUUCAGAAUACGAGCCAUCUAAAGUGGAAGCAUCAUCUGUUAAGGAAAGGGAGAAUAAUGAGGAAAUGAGGAAGCUUCAAGCAGAGAAGGCAAAUUUAUUGGAGAUGAUACAAAAUCUAAAUCAACAGCUACGGGACAAAAACUCCCAAGAGGCACAACAAAAUAACCUCAAAAGGCAAGACUGUAGAAAUAGUGAAGAAGUGCCAUUUGAUGCAAUAGGUAGUGGAAGUAAAAAAACGGAGGUAUCGUGUGUAGAGGAACCAGAUCAAAUAAGGGCAUUACAAUCCCGAAUUGCUUCGCUUGCAGUGCAAAAUAAAGAGCUGUGGGAUAUAUUGCAGGGAAAGCAUUCACAGGACAAAGUAACAAGCAUCUUGUCACAGGAUGAGCAAUCAAGACAGAAUCUAGAAACAUCAUUUGACCUAAAUCUUAAUUCAGAUGAUUCCCAUUGCACUCUGAAAGCUGAUUACAUCCAGCUAAAGGAACUGUAUAAAAAUGCUGAAGCUGAAAUUACAAACCUAAGAGCAGAGAUGUUUUCAAAUCUGUCAAAUAGUUCGCUGCAAACAGAGGUAUUUGAACAUGGUAACAGUAAUACAGAGGCAAAGGAUUUGCAUGACCAAGAAAGUCAACAUGCAUUGGCGAUGGGAUUGUUGGCUGAAUUCUCUGAGGAAAGCCUGCAGACAUUAGGAGAAACUAACGAGAAUGGUUAUUAUCUCGAACAGAAACUCCGAGAGACACAAAGCAAAUAUGAUGAAGCAUUAAAAGAACUUUCGAGUCUGCGAGCACAGGUACAACAAGAUUUGUCCUUCAGGGAAGAGCAUAUCUCUUUACCGAAUUUGGAAGCACUUACUCAGUCCUAUGAGGAUGAGAUAGAAGAGCUGAAGCAAAGACUUAAAAGAUCUUUGGAAGAUGAAGAGAGGGCUAAUAACAACUUGAGAGAAAUGGAGGAACUCCUAGAAAUCAAAGAUAAAAUCUUGGCCAAGUGUAUGUCUGAGGAAGAGUGUGAGGAGUUAAAAAAUUCUCAAAGCUUACUUAUUGAGAAUAUCAGUCAAGAGAAGGCACUGUUAAUUGAGAAGUAUGAGGAAGCACAAGAGGAAAUUAAAAAGCUACAAGAAAAGCUGAACCAUCAGGCAUCCUCUCAAGGAAAGGAAAACUACUUCCAAGAAAUGGUGUCAGCAUUGAAAAAAACAGUAGAUGAGCUGAACAAUCAAUUAACUGAAAUCACACAGCAAUACAAUGAAGCACAAAGUGAGUUAAAAAAGUUGAAGGAUAAAAGAGCUGAAGUAGCAUCUGAGCAUGUUAAUUCAAACUAUAUCCAUAAAGAACAACAUGAACAACUAGUACAAGUUCUAAAUGAGUCGGUAGAUGAAUUGAAAGAAAAGUUGUCAGAAAUGGAGAUGAAGCUUAAGGGAGCUGAGCAAGACAAUACAAAGUUGGAGAGGGAUCUUGAAGUUCAAAAGCAGACUUCUGUAUCUCUCUCUGAACAUACGCAAAUUAUAAUGUCCCUUGAAAAUACUAUAAAAACAUUUAAUGGCAAAGUACGCCAAAUGGAGCAAGGGCUUGAGCAGAAAGAAAUUGAGCUGAACAUAUUACAAGGUAAUCUGGCUACAGAAAAGGCUGCUGUUCAAGAGGCAAUGGUUCCAAAAUCAGAGUAUGAGAAGUUAAAAGUUUCAUUAGAAGCAGAGUCAAAUCGAUUGACCGCUAAAAUAAAUGACUUAUUGAAAGAACAAGAAAAGGCAUCUGCUGAAGCUGCACAGGCUCGGAAGGACAGCUUGCUAACAAAAAGUGAGCGUGAUACAGCUCAGACUCAACUUGGGAUCAAGGAACAAGAAAUCAAGAGACUUCGCAUCAGAAGCCAUGAUAUGCAGCAAGCUAUUGAAGAAUUGCAAAAGCAAAUUAAAGAUUCCUUGAAACUUGAAGAAGAUAAAGACAAGAAGAACAGCGAACUGUCCAAGGAAGUAAGCAAAUUAAAGGAGGCACUGAAUAGCCUUUCCCAACUUUCUUAUACUGCAAGCACUCUCAAAAGACAAAACCAGCAACUUGAGACCCUUCAGCAGCAAGUGAAGCAUUUACAGCACCAGUUAUCUGAUGCAAGUCAACGACAUCAGGAGGUAGUAUCUGUGUAUAGAAUGCAUCUUCUGUAUGCAGUCCAGGGUCAAAUGGAUGAAGAUGUUCAGAAGGCGCUGAAACAGAUUUUGACAAUGUGCAAAACUCAGACACAGAUGAAGUAAUAUAUAUAACAUUACGUAGCCAAACUUCGGUCUAAUGUUCAAUUGCCACUGCUGUUAAAAAGAAUGAGUAUCGGAUAAUUGACUAUUAAAACAUCAAAAAAAAGUUUACAGGAGCUUUCUUUGUUCCACCUACUAACUAUAUGCAUACCUUAUAAUUAUAUUAAAAAAAUGUAGUCAGUAUAUUUGUACCAAAAUUCCUACGGAACAUUUCCUGGGAAAAAACUAGUUUAUAGAGCUUCAUUGUUGUCAUAUUUGUUAAUAGACUUAUUUUGUUUAUUGAACAUGCCAUUGGAAAUGCAAGCUCAUGAUACAUUGUUGUUAGGGUAAUGGCAUGAAUAACCAGAAGCAAACACAUCCAGCAUCAGAUAUUUACCAAUCCAAUUGCACAAUAAACUAAUGAAUGUUAGCAUGGCGUACAUAGGAAACACUGAAUGCACUGGAGAUGCUAAUGCCACUUUGUCAUCGUAAACUUAACUUACAGAUGUCCAUAGUAUAGCAGCGCUGGCAUUGCUGGGGGACAUCAGUGCAAACUGAAGAGGAAAAGGUCAAUAUAUGGUAUUUAGCUGAAAAGACUUAGGUUAGUGUACUGAGAGUCUAAGCAUGGACAAGGAUGCCAGGGACGAGUAGAUAGUGGUCAGAUGAAAAUCUCUGCCAUGGUUACCAACAUUUUGCAUGUGAUUCUUGAUUAUUGCUGUAAGUCUUAAAUUUGAAUUAGUUUUGCUCCUGGCAGCUUAUUUUGUAGAAUCAUGCCAUUCCUUUCUGUGUACUUGACCUAGUUUGUUCGGUAAUUCUGCAUUCAUUGCUGCAGUCCCAUUAUCUCAAUAGAAUGUCGAGAAGUUUGAAUGCAAUUUCUUGUACUGAAUAACAGGCUUUCCUAAAGCUUAAUGAGUAGAAUUUUUCCAAUGUUGGGGUUUCCAGGGAUGCCACACAGCCAUUUAAAAGCCUGAGGAGUGUUAAUUGGCUGGAGGUGGUCUCCCAAUCCUUCCCUUGGGCAGAAUACCAACUUCAUAGAGCUGCUGGCUAUCUAAUUAGCCGGCAGCUCUGUAGUCUCAGCAGCACCCAGCGAGUGGUGGCGACUUCUGGGACUAAAGCAGAUCCCACCAGUCAAAGUGAAGGGGGUCCAGGAUGGAGGUAAAUGUGAGGGGGUGGGGGAGAGACAGGGAGACCCAUGGGAUGGGAGAUAAAGAGUUUGGGGGUCGUGCUUUGAAGGUCAGGCAAAGAAGAAGCACCUGGGGUGGGUGGGUGGAGGGGUGCAAACCUUGGAGAGCUUGAAAAGGGGCCAGUAAUGAAGGUGUGCACUCCACACCCCACCCCCACUUACUGAGGCCUGAGCAGGAUAAACUGCUGGACUUCACCCAUGUUCUUGAACCCCCCCCACCCCACACCGGCCUCAAAAUUGUAGCCGGGGUGGGAGAUUGCACAUAAGUGGUCAUUAAUUAGCCACUUAAGGGCCUCAAUUCGGAUAGGGGGUAGGCAGGCCACCCUUGGCCUCACCUGCUUUCCAAAAAAUUGUCGUCAGAUCGUGGAGAAAUCCCAUCUGGAGAAUUUUACAGGCCUCCCUGCCUGCAAGGAGGUCUGUAAAAUUCUGUCCUACAUAUAUUUGGUUUACAUUAAUUAAACAUUAGCUUGCCCUAUGUUUGCAAUGGCAAUAUUUUACUCCAUUAGAAAAGCAGACUUAACUGAUGUGUCCCAUUCUCCGUGAGCUAGUAGCAUAGGGAGCUUGUUUGUAAGGCAGUUAUGAAAAUUAAAAGGCAGACUUGCUAAACGCUUAAGACAAAGUAGCUGAUGUGUUGAGCUUCUUUUCCGUCAGUUCUACAAAUACUACUUUAUGCAGUGUACAGCAAAUUUUGAUAAAUCUAUUCAAAGCUGCAGCUGCAUAAUAAUAAUUCUAAUUUUUAAAGGGUCAAAGUUGUAAAUUAAAUGAUCAGUGGUGAGACUUUUUUUUGCUUACUGUAUAAGCCCUUAUGUCACAACCUCAUUCAUAUCAUAAAUACCUAACAAAUUAGUAAUAAUAGUAAGAGGGUUUCAUUUUUUUUACAACAUUACUAAUCUUGAUCAGCAUGUAGAUCUGAACAAUACCUUUCAGAGUAGCCUAAACCGAUGUGCAGAUAUACAACAAAAACAAAAAGCCGCUGGAAAAGCU